CCGCGUCCGAGAAUCUUCAUCUUACCCACAAGGAGUCCGGAGGGCCACAGGCCGAAAAAUUAAAGCUUGAGGGAUAACAGUCUUGGGGAGACCAGGAACUGGGACAGAUUGGUGGAAGAUAAAAGACAAAUCUGUGGGGCUAGACCUCCUAAACUCCUGCUAUUCCUUGGCCCCUUUUCCUCUGGGUGAUUUGGGCCGGGACCACUGAAGGAGACGCGAGUGUGGCGAGAUUCGCCCCAAGCCUUUGAGAUGAUGGGACUGGGAAACGGGCGCCGGAGCAUGAAGUCGCCGCCCCUCGUGCUGGCUGCCCUGGUGGCCUGCAUCAUUGUCCUGGGCUUCAACUACUGGAUCGCCAGCUCCCGAAGCGUGGAUCUCCAGACCCGGAUCCUGGAGCUGGAGGGCCGGGUGCGCAGGGCCGCUGCGGAGAGAGGCGCGGUGGAGCUGAAGAAGAACGAGUUCCAGGGGGAGCUGGAAAAGCAGCGGGAGCAGCUCGACCGGAUCCAGUCCAGCCACGACUCGCAGCUGGAGAGCGUCAACAAGAUCUACCAGGACGAAAAGGCGGUUUUAGUGCAUAAUAUCACCACAGGAGAGAAGCUCAUCAGAACCCUGCAAGACCAGUUAAAGGCCCUGCAGAAGAACUAUGGCCGGCUGCAGCAGGACGUGCUCCAGUUCCAGAGGAACCAGACCAACCUGGAGCGGAAGUUCUCCUACGACCUGAGCCAGUGCAUCAGUCAGAUGAAGGAGGCGAAGGAGCAGUGUGAGGAGCGGAUCGAAGAGGUCACGAGGAGGGGGAAGGAGGCCGCUGCUGCCAGAGAGCCGAGUGAGAAAAAGGACCAAAACCAGCAGCUCCGAGCCCCCAGCGAGCUUCAGCCCAGGCCGCAGGACGCAGACCUGCCCCAGGCAGAGGUGCUGCCGGUGAAAGGAAUCGUGCCCAGCAACGGCGAGCCCCAGACACCAGCCCCCAGUUCUGAGGCGGCUUUGGAUUUGAAGAGACAAGGUGAGAGAGAGGAAACCAACGAGAUCCAGGUGGCCAGUGAGGAGGAGCUUCCGAGGGACAGCCUGGGGCUGCCGCCGGAGCCGGGCCGCGAGCAGGCUGUGGAGGCGGACGCAGCCGCGGCUGGCAGAGGGCCCGGGGGAGCUGGCGCGGUGGGCCAGACCGCACGGGCGCCGGCGGCGAGGCUGGCCGGCCAGGAGAAUCGGGACGCGGAGGACCUCGAGCGGGAUCAGCUGGUCAUCCCUGAUGGGCAGGAGGAGGAGGAGCAGGACGCGGCCGAGGAAGGGAGACACGAGCAAAAGCUGGGGGGAGAGGAGGACUACAACAUGGAUGAAAAUGAGGCAGAAUCAGAAACCGAUAAGCAGGCAGCCCUAGCAGGGAACAACAGAAACCUGAACGUUCUUAAUGCUGAAAAUCAGAAAGGAGACAUGAUAAAUUUACUUGAUCAGCGUGAAAAGAAGAACCAAACACUCUGAAUCAACUGGAAUCCUAUACCUCAGGAUUGAAGAGCGAUCACUACAGAAUAUUUAUGAGGGGAUGAAUACUGUGAAAUGUCCUAAGUAAAAUAUACAUCUAAAGAUGAUUAUUGUGGAGUUUUAAUAUGUACUUUAUGUAGGAAAAUGAUUGUGUUAUAGAUGGUUUUGGGGGGUAUUUUCAAGGUGUUUAUACUAAGGUGUCAAAAUUUGUCAGCUAAUAGGUAUGAGAAAAUCAACAUCAAAAACAGAACCCAAGUUCUCCAAGUAUGGGGACAGUGGUGCUUCAGAAAUUCUGGAAUGUAACUUAAAAAAAAAUCAAAGCCUGUAGGAGGAGUCUGUCUUCUGACACCAAGAGACCCGCCACACCUGAGAAUUCUUCUCUGGUCCCUCUGGUGUCCUUCACAUGCUGUGCCGAGUGGCCCGUACCAGCCUGGUACUUCUGUUCUCCCACGUCAGUGCCGAAUGAUUACUGGCUUAUGCUCUCAUGUGCUCACUUCUGGUUCAGACAGUCAGGGGCCUGGAGCACAAAACUGUUAAACAAACAUCACUAGCAACAGUUUUAAACAAGUCUAUAUACAAAGGCAUUUUAUGUGAGAAUUUAAAGAAAACCCUACUUGUAUAACCAACCUGUCAUUAACAUACAAAAAUGCUUGUCAUUUGAA